AUGCCAACGAGUAGGUUGCCAUUUCCGGCACCCGCAGGUGCUCAAAGAGAGGAUUUCCCGCUCCUCUGGCUCCGGCGACCGCUGCAUCCGCCGUAUCCGCCGCGUGCGCCGUGUGCGCCGCGGGCGCCGCGGUGCCGGAGGCGGCGCCGGAGGCGGCGCAGUCACCGUGGGGUGGAUGAGGACAUGGAGGUGGAUGAAGAUGGAGAGAUGGAAGAGACCUUGGAAGAGAAGCUGCCAGCGAAGUCUGGUCCAGGUCACGCAAGUGAGUCGGAGUUCCGACGCUUCAUGCGGGAGCACGCCGUGGAAACCACUUCGGAGAAGGUUGCCAAGCUACUCGAGAGCAUCAAGGACGGAUGA